AUGUUUGUGUCUAGCCAAGUCGAUCCCUUCAACCAUCUCAAAAUCAUCCUCAACUCGGAUGGCACCAUCACUCGCCUCCGUCAAGACCCACACACCCAUCCCGCACCCGAUCCCACCCUCCCCAUCCCCGUCCUCACUCAAGACGCAACCAUCAACCAAUCAAACCGAACCUUCGCCCGCAUAUUCCUCCCGCGGUCAGCACUCCACAAUUCCUCCACCAAUCUCCCUCUAAUCGUUUACUUCCACGGCGGCGGCUUCAUCCUCUUCAGCGCCGCCUCAGACUUUUUCCACGAUGCCUGUGUAAGCCUCGCAAACGACACCAAUUCCAUCGUCGUUUCCGUGGACUACCGCCUCGCCCCGGAACAUCGACUCCCCGCGGCGUACGACGACGCCGUCGAAGCGCUUCACUGGAUCAAAUCCCGCCCACACGAUUGGUUGACUAACCACGCCGACUAUUCCAACUGUUAUCUCAUGGGAAGUAGCGCCGGAGCGAACAUCGCGUACCACGCUGCUCUACGUGUGGCCGCGGGAACUAACUCUGAUGGGAUUAAUUACCUGGAGCCACUUAAGAUCCGAGGGCUGAUAUUGAGUCAACCCUUUUUCGGGGGCACAGAGAGGGUUCCUUCUGAGGUGAGGCUUGCGGAGGAUCCGGUUUUGGCGCCGCACGUGUGUGACGUGCUAUGGAAGUUGUCGUUGCCCGUUGGGGUCGACCGUGAGCACGAGUAUUGCAAUCCUCGGGGAGGCGAUGGGGCUGUGGUUUUGGAGAGGGUGAGGGAGCUGGCGUGGCGCGUGGUGGUGAGUGGGUCCUAUGAGGAUCCACUUGUGGAUCAUCAGAUUCGCCUGGCCAGACUCAUGGAGGAGAAGGGUGUAGCCGUCGUCACCAGUUUUAACCCUACCGGAAGUCAUGGGGCUGAGGUUCGUCAUCCUCUGCACCAAAAGCGACUCCACCACCUUCUCAAACAUUUUAUUGCUUCUUCUUCCUCCUCCCUCCUUCCAUGA